AUGAACAGAGACGACGCCUUUGCAAGGAGACCUAAGGCUGGUGCUCAAAUACCAGAGAAGAUACAAAAGGCCUUCGAUGAUAUUGCCAAAUACUUCUCUAAGAAAGAGUGGGAAAAGAUGAAAUCCUCGGAGAAAAUCAGCUAUGUGUAUAUGAAGAGAAAGUAUGAGGCCAUGACUAAACUAGGUUUCAAGGCUACCCUCCCACCUUUCAUGCGUAAUACAGGGGCCACAGACCUCCAGGGGAAUGAUUUUGAUAAUGACCGUAACCACAGGAAUCAGGUUGAACGUCCUCAGAUGACUUUCGGCAGGCUCCAGGGAAUCUUCCCGAAGAUCAUGCCCAAGAAGCCAGCAGAGGUAGGAAAUGAUUCGAAGUAAGUGCCAGAAGCAUCUGGCUCACAGAACAAUGGGAAACAGCUGUGCCCCCCGGGAAAACGAACUACCUCUGAGAAGAUUAACAAGGCAUCUGGAAAUAGGGAGGCCCAAGAAAAGGAAGAGAGACGCGGAACAGCUCAUCGGUGGAGCAGUCAGAACACACACAACAUUGGACCCAAAAGGGGGAAACAUGCCUGGACCCACAGACUGAGUGAGAGAAAGCAGCUGGUGAUUUAUGAAGAGAUCAGCGACCCUGAGGAAGACAACGAGUAA